CACAUGGAGCGAUCCCAGUCACAGAGGCAUGGGGGUGAACAAAGCUGGUGGGGAAGUGCCCCCCAGUACCAGUACAUGCCCUUUGAACACUGCACCAGCUAUGGACUGCCAUCUGAGAACGGGGGCCUUCAGCAUCGGCUCCGAAAGGACGCAGGCCCCCGGCACAACGCCCACCCCACACAGAUUUAUGGCCAUCAAAAAGAGCAAUUCUCAGACAAGGAACAGGAUAUGGGGAUGCCCAAGAAGAUGGGCUCCAGUUCCACGGUGGACAGCAAGGAUGAGGACCACUAUUCUAAAUGUCAAGAUUGUAUCCACCGCCUGGGACGUGUGGUGAGAAGGAAGUUGGGGGAAGACUGGAUCUUUCUGGUGCUCCUGGGCCUGCUGAUGGCUCUGGUCAGCUGGUGCAUGGACUAUGUCAGUGCCAAGAGCCUUCAGGCCUACAAGUGGACUUAUGCCCAGAUGCAGCCCAACCUUCCUCUGCAGUACCUGGCCUGGGUCACCUUCCCGCUUAUUCUCAUCCUCUUCAGCGCCCUCUUCUGCCAGCUCGUCUCUCCCCAGGCUGUUGGCUCUGGAAUCCCUGAAAUGAAAACAAUCCUUCGUGGGGUUGUCCUGAAGGAGUACCUCACAAUCAAAGCUUUUGUGGCCAAGGUGGUGGCCCUGACUGCUGGGCUGGGCAGUGGCAUCCCUGUGGGAAAAGAGGGCCCUUUUGUUCACAUCGCCAGCAUCUGUGCUGCUGUCCUGAGCAAGUUCAUGUCCAUGUUCUGUGGGGUCUAUGAGCAGCCGUACUAUUACACUGAUAUCCUGACGGUGGGCUGUGCUGUGGGGGUUGGCUGCUGUUUUGGAACACCACUUGGAGGAGUGCUAUUCAGCAUCGAGGUCACCUCUACCUACUUUGCUGUUCGCAACUACUGGCGAGGAUUCUUUGCAGCCACAUUCAGCGCCUUUGUGUUCCGCGUGCUGGCAGUGUGGAACAAGGAUGCUGUCACCAUCACUGCUCUGUUCAGAACCAACUUCCGAAUGGACUUCCCCUUUGACCUGAAGGAGCUCCCAGCCUUUGCUGUCAUCGGGAUUUGCUGUGGGUUCCUGGGAGCCGUAUUUGUGUAUCUGCAUCGCCAAGUCAUGCUCGGUGUCCGAAAGAACAAGGCCCUCAGCCAGUUUCUUGCUAAGCACCGCCUGCUGUAUCCUGGAAUUGUCACUUUUGUCAUCGCCUCCCUCACCUUUCCACCAGGAAUGGGUCAAUUCAUGGCUGGAGAGCUGAUGCCUCGCGAAGCCAUCAGUACCUUGUUUGACAACAAUACGUGGGUAAAACACAUAGGUGACCCUGAAAGUCUGGGCCGAUCAGCUGUGUGGAUUCACCCCCAAGUCAACGUGGUCAUCGUCAUUUUUCUCUUCUUCAUCAUGAAGUUUUGGAUGUCCAUCGUGGCCACCACUAUGCCCAUACCUUGUGGAGGCUUCAUGCCUGUGUUUGUGCUAGGAGCUGCAUUUGGAAGAUUGGUAGGAGAGAUAAUGGCCAUGCUGUUCCCUGAAGGUAUCUUAUUUGAUGACAUCAUCUACAAGAUCCUUCCUGGGGGCUAUGCAGUUAUUGGAGCAGCAGCGCUGACGGGUGCCGUGUCCCACACAGUUUCCACAGCUGUGAUUUGCUUUGAGUUAACUGGUCAAAUUGCUCACAUCCUACCCAUGAUGGUAGCUGUUAUCUUGGCCAACAUGGUGGCUCAGAGCCUGCAGCCCUCCCUGUAUGACAGCAUCAUCCAGGUCAAGAAGCUACCCUACCUGCCUGACCUUGGUUGGAACCAGCUCAGCAAAUUUACAAUCUUCGUUGAAGACAUCAUGGUACGUGAUGUGAAGUUUGUUUCCGCUUCUUGCACAUACGGGGAAUUGCGAUACCUGCUCCAGACAACCACGGUCAAGACUUUACCACUUGUGGAUUCAAAAGAUUCAAUGAUCCUGCUGGGCUCCGUGGAGCGCUCAGAGCUGCAGUCGCUCCUGCAGCGCCACCUUUGUCCGGAGCGGAGGCUGCGAGCUGCCCAGGACCUGGCGCGGAAGCUGUCGGAGCUGCCCUACGACGGCAAGGCGCGGCUGGCAGGGGAGGGGCUCCCUGGCGGCGCGCCCCUGGGGCGGCCCGAGUCCUUCGCCUUUGUGGAUGAGGAUGAAGACGAGGACCUCUCAGGGAAGACCGAGCUGCCUCCUCCUCCUCCUCCCCCCUUUCCUGCUGCUCCAUCCGCCCCGGAAGAGCCCAAUGGACCCCUGCCCAGCCACAAGCAGUCACUGGAAGCCCCCGAACCUGCAGGUCAAAGAUUCUCCAUCUUCCAUUGCCUGCUACGCUGCUUGCUGGGCAGAGCUCGCCCUGCAAAAAAGAAAACAACCCAGGAUUCAACAGAUUUGGUGGAUAACAUGUCACCUGAAGAGAUUGAAGCCUGGGAGCAGGAGCAGCUGAGCCAGCCUGUCUGUUUCGAUUGCUGCUGUAUCGACCAGUCUCCCUUCCAGCUGGUGGAGCAAACGACCCUGCACAAGACUCACACCCUCUUCUCGCUUCUCGGCCUCCAUCUUGCUUACGUGACCAGCAUGGGAAAGCUGAGGGGUGUCCUGGCACUGGAAGAGCUACAGAAGGCUAUUGAGGGCCACACCAAAUCUGGGGUGCAGCUCCGCCCUCCCCUUGCCAGCUUCCGGAACACAACUUCAACUCAAAAGAGCCCUGGGGGACCCCCGCCUCCUGCAGAGGGCUGGAGCCUGCCCGAGGAUGGAGCUGGAGUCCUUGGAGCUGGGGAUGUGGCUCCUGCCUCCCCAGAGACUCCUGUGCCACCUCCGUCCCCAGAGACCCCUCGCCCCAUGGCCUUAGCCAAAGCAGAGGGUGAGCUGGAGGAGCUGGAGCUGGUGGAGAGCCCAGGACCAGAAGAGGAGCUGGCUGACAUCUUGCAGGGCCCCAGUCUGCGAUCCACGGACGAGGAGGAUGAAGAUGAACUGAUCCUUUGACCGCCUUCCAGGCCCUUGAGCCACUGCUGAGAGGCCCACGCCAGAGGGUGGACUUGUGUGGGCAGGGUGUCCUGAAGGGCACACCUGUAUUUUGCCCCUCCCAGAAAUUUUAAAAUGUGAUAUUCUUAAAGGAGGAGUCGGAACUGGGGCAGGGAAGAGUUUGGGUCAAUUAUUCAGACACUUCUCCAUUCCCAGGCAGGUGUUUCUAAUCCCCAGGAAGGUCCCCUGAUCUCCCAUGGGUCUUCCUGGGGUUUCCUGUUGUAUGGAUGGGGUCCCUGCCUCCCCUCACCACCUUCCAAUUCCCCAGUGCUUUUGUCCCAGCACCUUCCUGGUCUUGCUUUUCCUUUUGUUUCCAAAGCUGGAGACUAAGCAAUGGCCCAGAAUGACGGUGGCCUUGCAAGAGCCAUAUUGGAGAGGGAAAUGGGACUACCUCCUGGCCUUGUGGACAGAUCACCCCAGAAUGUGUCUUCAGACUGUCCACAGCUGCUUUUCUGGAAGCCCCAGCUGGCACACAUCUGCUCCAACCAUGUGCCGCCAGAUCCUAUCCACUGCCUGGUCUCUAGGGCCAUUGCUAGGGCAGGAAAGGCCAACCACACCUCCCUUCCUCUGUCCCCUGCUUCAAGCAGUGAGUUAAAAGUGUCAAAAGACCAUCAAGGGCAGAUGCCUGGAAAAGGUUGCUAAAGGGUCCACAUGGAAGGGGCAGGUGUCUUACUGCCAAAUAACAUGGUUGGCUCCAUGGUAUUGCCUGACUCCCUCUAGCAGAAGGCCCCAUUUCCUUGUUGCCCUGUUUCCAGGUUCCUCCCUACAAAAUGGAUCUUCCCUUACCCCACUAUAGUGAUUGACCUGUCCUGACAAGGGUCAUCUCUCCCCUAGAACCCUCUGCUAGAGCUGCUGCUAAGAACCAAGGCUGGGGUCUCUAUGACAUCCUUGGCCCCCUCUUAGACCAGCUCCUUGGAUUCUUCUAGGGGUGUGGAGUUCAAGGGCACCCUGAAGAUGGCAGGCUGUUUUGGUGCUUCCCACUCUUCGGGCAGUCCCAUCCUCCUCCUUGGCUGUGGAGCAUGCCUUAGCCUGCCUUCCUGAAAGAGAUGCCAGGUGCGCCGAGCAUCCAGAACCUCCGCUCCUCACCCCAGGGCAUGGCUCCUUACCCUCCCUCCCUGCCUACCUUAUUUAGUUCUGCAGUUGUGUCCUCUCCCCAGCAUUCUCCUC